GCUUCCUAGGUUCCUGUGCGCAGCGGCUGCAGGUUAUUUUAAUCGAUUUAACUUUAACCUUUGGCUCUGACACAAUUCCAUACGCCACUCUUGCCUAUAAUCACUUGCUUUACGGCAUUUAAACCCUGGUCCUCUUGUACAGGGCUCAUUCCGCGAUAACCUAAAAUGUUGAAUCGGAUAAAUUAACUUCCUUGCUCUUCCUAAUAUGGUAUAGUGUGAUUACUCAGCUGGAGGCCGACAAAUUAGACUUCCAAGUAUCACGAUAUAUAUUUGACUUACUUGACCUCCGUUGCCUGAAAUUGCAAUUUCUCACCCGCUCAUGCAAAAUUACAAGAUGGGCUCACUUAGGGCGCGCGACCGGCUGUCCGACUUGCCAGACGGGCUGCUGAUGCUCAUUUUUGAGGAGAUAUCCAAGCGCGACCUGUGCAAUGUCUCGCACCUGAACAAAAGAUGCCACGGCUUGGCAGACUCGAUCCUCUAUAGGACGGUGCUUUUCGAGUCGCCCGAGCAUCACCUUAUUUUCCGCGAGUCGCUCAGUCGACGAUUGCGCCGUGGGUCGGCGAUUCGCGACAUCACUGUGAAACUCGACGAUACCACCAGCCUAGACACUCUGGAGCUGUCACAGUUGGUGCUCGAUGGAUCGCGCUCCGAUGUCGAUGGCUUGUCGCGCGCCAUUUCUACCAUGUCAAACCUGGAGAACCUGGACAUCUCGGUUCCUGGCAAGUUCUUGCGCGGUAUCGGCACGCUGUUUAACGGCCCCUUCGACCUGGCCUGCCUGAAAUCGUGCACGCUGUUCUACCAAUGUCCCGACAACCAGUACUGGGAUCUCCGCGACAAUAUCCACAUCUUCGCCCACCCCACGCUCCAGAGUCUUGUCAUCCGGAGGGCUAAACUGGAUCAUCGCGGAUUCGACUUCAUCGAGCAGCCGCACCAGACGGGACUGAAGAAGCUCCAUCUGAUCGAGUGCGACAUCAACGACGACGCGCUUUAUGAUAUCCUUGCGUUUCCGGAGUCCCUGCGCGAGUUCGUCAUGGUCCAGACCCCGGAGCCGACCCCUGACCUGGAGGAGAGCUCUGACAAUAUCGGAGACUACAUUCUUGCGUUGCGGUCAGCGAGCCACUCGAUAGAGACGAUUACCAUCGAUUUCCCCACCUUGACUGGCUUCAAAGCAUUGCGCAUGCGGGAGUUUGAAGCGCUCAAGACACUGCGUAUCAACUGGGACUAUCAGCUCUUUGGCAAAUCAUCCAAGAAACCGCGGUUGCACUCGGUGGGUAUCCCGCCCGUGCUGGAGCGGUUGGAGUUCUUCAACGAGCUGGGUACGGAUGAGGAAGUAACGGAGCUGCUGGAGUACACGAUCCUCAAUAAGAGCGUCAUGGCUAGGAACCUGGAGAGGAUUAUUGUUCCCGAGGGUGAUACUGGGAGGGUCCCCAAGGUGAUUGUGGAGGCUUGCAAGGCCGCCGGUUUGCAGUUGGAUGUUAUUGGCGCUCUGGAUGUGGAUACAGAUGACGAGGAGCAAGAGAGCAAGAUCGACGCAUAGACUAGAUACGCAUAUACGCAUGUACUAGAGACGCUAGACGCUAGAUGAUAAUUAGAUUCCACACAUCACCUUUGC